AUGGAUAUCACAGAAAAUCCCUCUGUCGAUAGCAACCCUCCCAGUGAGAAUAGCCCUAGAGAAGUGGAAAUCACUGCAUUGAGCGAGGAGAAUAUUUGCCGGUCUCCACAGCGAAAUACUUUUGAUCUUUUGCUCGCAUGUGUCAAGGAAUUGGAUGAGCGAACCCAAACAAUCGAAAAUUGCUUCCAAGAGCAGGCAGCGUACAACGCUAGGCUACAGAUAGAAAUGGAACAACUGCGCGACGAGGUUCAUGGCUUCAAAGAGAGAGAGUUCGGCUUGAAAACUCGUGUGAAUAGCAUAUGCAAGUCGCUGGGAAUUUCGACUAUUCAGGGAAAUCCAGCGCGCCUACCCAAGGCGGCGCGCCAGAGGCGUGCUAGGAUCAAGCAAGAACCUGGUUCUGCAUGA